UCUCGGGAGACAAGGAAGGCAAGAAGAGAAAGCGCCUCUCUUUCUCUGCUGUCUCCGGAAGAGCCAGGAGCGACACCGCAGACACUACAGACCACAGCCAGAUCGCUCGAGAGGUCGUUGCUGUUUAUGGCAGUGAAGAUAAACCCACUGUCGACACGACAACACCCCCGCUCGACUCCAGCAUAGAAUAUACGAAAAUCGAUAACGUGGUUGACGCCCCGGCUGCCGAGGAUUCCACCAAGGAUUCCACCUCUACUGAGCCAACCGCGGUCGAGGAGGCUCCAGUGGCCACCAAAGAGGAUAAGGAUGUCUCUUAUGAUGCCCAUGUCGAAGAGGAGAAGUAUACCCCUGAUGUGAUCCAAAUCACUCCAGAGAUAGAGGUCCAUCCUCCGGUCACCUAUCACCUGGAAGAGCCUGCUCCAAGAAUGCCCGAGCCCGUACCUUAUCAACACCCCUCACAAGAUGUUGAUGUCGAUCAGACCAAGUUGAACACAAGGGACUAUGAAGUAGUCAUGGACACCUCUCCAUCUCAAUCUAUGGUGAACAUUACCGUGGAGAAAGCAGCACCAUCAUUCCCGGAACCCGUAACAUAUGAUACUUCUUUCAACUCGACGAGUAGCGCACCCGAGCCUAGCAGUGCUCCAGCUACCCACACACGCUACUCCGGACAGCCACUGAGUGCGAUCGACGAAUUACGAGCAAAGACGCACCCACUGGAGGAGUGGAAACAACAACCCCAACCCCAACCCCCUAAAGAGGAUGUUAACUACGACGCAGACGAGUACGUCCGGGUUAUGACCCUAUUCUUCCUUCUCCCUGCUGUCCUCUUCCUCGGUAUACCCUACCUAUUCCCCCACCAUGUUCUCGAGCUGGCCUCGAUGGAGGAAGCUAAGCCACUAUUGGAUAGUUCCAUUCUCACGGAAAACCCCAUCCAUUCUACUCAUCACCCACUCAAUGACUCUAUCCUGAGCCUCCGUACCGAUUUGAAGGGCAAGAACCGCGACCCACCACAAAUCUACGAGACCCUUGGAUGGACUCAAUACGUUCUCCCGGACUCGUCCAUCUACUUUGUGUUGCAUGUCUCUUCCCCGGCCUCUCCACAACACUUGAAGAUGCCGACACCCAUCACCGCAUCGCCUACUGUCACUGUCGUCGCAGAUUUCGAUCUCCGGGAUCCGGCUAUCCUGAAGAAAGUGUGCGAGGAGAUGCGCACCUUGAUCAAGAUGGAACUCCCGUCAGCCCACAACUCCUUUGCCUACGCUCCAGAUCAUGAUGGAUGGGAACUCUGGCUUCACCGUCCCAUCGACUAUGAUCCCUCCAAAUUGGACGAGAAGCGCCCAGCUAUUAUCCAUACAUGGGUCAACCACUCGCAGCGAACAUUGUCUCCUCGUCCUCUAGACACUGUGGAUUUGCCUCCAAGCGAGGAUGGAGAUGCGGUCACCUUGGUCGAUGGCCAUUUCGAAGAGAGAAACUACGAGAAGCUGGCUAAGGAAUUGGUUUAUUGGGCGUUUGUCGAGAAACACCCAGCUCAUGGGCGACUACCGCUUAAAGCGAAGAAAGAUGCAGUGGAAAGUCUGACUUGGUCAUAUGCUGACCGCCUCCUCCAGAGUGAGCAAGGUAUUGGUCCAUGCUUCACUCAAGACGAGUGUCAAUCAUUGCUCCGGAUACUGGAGAGCUAUAGCUUCUCCCUUUUCGAGGCUCCCAUUGGAUUAACGCAUAUAACAGUCAAGCAUCGUCUUGCCUCUCUUGAGGUGGACAGGGCCGCAAAAUCGCAAUCGAGGGAUGGCGGGAAAGACACAAAAGGUCGAGCUUCUACAGUUCCCUUCCCCUUCAGACGGGCUGUCUUUGGCUUCUUCAGCGCCGUCGUAUGCUGGGGUAUACCUUACCUGUUUCUUGACAAUGUCCCAACAGGCACCGAUCCAUUAUCUCGAUUCCGACCUCUUGAAAGUCAGCGACGUGAUGGCAAUCAGCUGGAACUAUACUACUCUUCAGAAGAUGCAGGUGCUCAUGCUGAGAGGAAGACGAGCGCCAUGCUGUACGGUGCUGGUGCUGCGAUUGUCAUCGGUUCUGCAACGACCGUCCUCACCCUUCGACCUCCUCUUGGAACACCGGCCAGGACAGCCGGUUUUGUAGCUCUUCUUUGCGCAGGAGCAUCCCUGGCGGCAAGCUUGAUUUCCUUGGCUCGACUGAGCCGUGUCUCACACCGUUCCAUCCCAUAUUCAACCUAUUCCCCCUCGUCAGACCUUUUCUUCCCGGGCAUUCAGCGGGACACCGAAUCACUCAUAGUACUCAAUGCUCAACCGAUUCGCCGUGCCGUUCCCUUGGUUUUACUAGCGUAUUCUAUCCGCUAG